GCUUUUGAUUGGGUCCAGGAAGUCGUGAGAAUGCCCUCUUUCUGCGUGAUUCCCAGUUGUGUGGACAAGUACUCGCACAGUGCGGAUAUCUCAUUCCACAAAUUUCCACAUAAGGAUGGAGUUUUGUUACAAAAGUGGACGGAAUUCGUUGUCCAGGAGCGCGGAAGUGAUUGGAAACCUUCACGUUGGAGCUCAAUAUGUAGUCGUCAUUUUGCACUCGAGGACUUCCGGCAGCACUGCGGCCGGAGAUGUCUUAAGAGUCGAGCAAUACCUUGUCAGCUCAUGCCCAGAGAGGAGAAGGAUGAAUCCGAAGAGAAGGACAGCGAGAGGGAGUUUUGCCACCUCUGUGGAGGUGAAUUGGUGCAAAGGAGCUGCCUGAAGAGUGAGAAGAGCGUCUCUGAGUGGAUUCAGAAGUGCUUCCCAACGAUUUCCUUUGAUUCCUUAGAGAUUUCCCCGUGCGAAGAUUGUUUCUCACGCCUGAGAUCUUUUGCCGCUUUUGUGGAUGUCGUAACAAGGUGCCAAACGGAGAAGUUGAGGAUCCCAGAAGAUAAGAUGGCCCAGGAAAAGCAAGGAAAACCAGUGAAGAUCAAGCAAGAAGUGACCGUGAAGGAGGAAAUCAAUGCACAGCCGAUUAUUGCUAUUCGGGAAGUACCUUUUGAACUUCCCCCGGAAUACAGUCCUUCGCAAUCAAGUGAGAAAAUAUCCUGCGAACACUACAUUGACGAGAUUCUGAACUACAAUCCGUCAGACGAGGUGGAAAACUGCGAAAUUAUGGAAAUUAGUGAUCUCGAGAAGGUCUUUAUUGAUAUCGCCGAAGAGACUUCUGAUACAGAGCUGAAAAUCCCGCCUAAGAAUCGCAUAGAAAUCAUAAGUUCGAUUUCCGUGAAGACAGAAUUGAAGCCUGAGAGCUGGAUGACGGAUUUCUCUGCCAUUUCCCUGCCAUCAGAUCACACUUACGCCAAAUCUCCGUUGCAAAUCUGCAAAAUGGAGAAACUGGAAGUCAAUCCGGGGGAGAAGCUGCCAAAUUCCACUCCUAGAAUCAACAUCAUAAAUAAUCUCUUGCUUAGAGACUGCAAGGUCUCCACGUGUUCGGCGUGCGGGAAGAUUUAUCAGAAUAUGCGAGAGUUCCUGGUGCAUAAGAUGAAGUGCCAGAAGAGAAGUGGCUUGAGGAAUCCGAGGAGAGUGAAGUGUCGCGAUUGUGGCCAAGAUUUCCCCACUAAACUCACUCACAAUCAUCACCAGCGAUUUCUCUGCGAGCGCAGAAAAGGCGUAUCCUUUCCCUGUUCAAAGUGCUCGCUUGAGUUCCCAAAACUUUUGGAAAUGCGUAAGCACGCGAUUCUGUUCCAUCCUGGGCGGUAUGACAGACGGAAAUCCCAGAGAUUGCACAGGAGACGCGAAGAUGGGAGAUAUUCCUGUGAGUUCUGCGGCAGAACAUACACAAGAGCCAGCAAUCUCCUGCGCCAUGAGCGCCUCCAUCGUUCGCGGGAGGAAUGGGAUCUCAAGUGCCGCCAAUGCGGUCAUCUCUUCGAUAAGCCACACGAUCUCAAUCGCCACAUGAAGACCUCUCCAGCUUGCCAGAACUUUCGCAACUGCGCCAGCACAGAGACUCUGUUCAGAUUCAUGUGCUCAGUUUGCGGACGGCAAUUCUCCUCGCCCAAUGGUCUGAAGCAUCACGAGUCCUCACAUCAGAUGCGCACCCUGAAGCCCUGUAUCUGUGAAACGUGUGGGAAGAGCUUCCCGAGGGCCAGUCUCCUGUGGCAGCAUAAAAUCUCCCACACUGAUGCCCAGAAUUACCACUGCAAACUCUGCCCGAAGGUCUUCAAGCGGUCCAAUGGGCUUCAACAGCACAUCCGAGGGUAUCAUCUGAAGCUGAAGCCUCACCGGUGCGGCGUAUGCCAUCGAGGAUACGCCCUGAAGGCGGACAUGAAGAGAUGCAGGCACUCCUGGCUCAAGGCUGAGUGAAAGCAUAUGUGGCAAACGAUGCCAUCGCCAGUGCGGAGAGUGUGAGGAUAGCGCCGUCGCUGAGGAGCCAGAAGGGAGCCAUCUGGACCAAGAGCAAGACCACCUUCGACUGGUGGGAUGUGGAGAUCGUC